GUGUACGUGACUGCUGUUUAUGAUAUCUGCAGAUUAACACAACUAAAGGCUUCAAAUCACCGUUUUGAUUUUCAGAAACAAAAAUUCCACGUUUGCUAUCUUAUAAACAUUUAAACAUAAAAUGGAAGGUAGAAGGAGAUCAUGCUGGUAAGCUUAUAAUGUGAAAAUCUGAAUUGUUAGGUGAAUGGUCUGUUAAUAAGCUAUUUAGAUCCCUGUUAGCUAGUUUUGUUUUAAAACUCAAACUAGUACUCUCUCACAUAUUAUUUAACUAAACUGAAUGAUUUUUGGACCUUAUAUUGUCUUUGUUACACUCUUGGGUGCUCUUUUUUGUGUGUGCACUUAAAUUUACAAAUCUCAUUUCUCAAUACGGAAAAUGUAUGUGAAAGUAGAUAUAGUUGUGCUAACGUUGGCUUUCGUUCAUUUGUUUUACCAGUUUUUUUGCGUAUAUGUGAUAUCUGCUUGUUAGCUGUAAUUAAAUGAAAUAAGACGGCAACAUAUACUCCUGCGUUUUUUUAAACUCCCCAACUUUCAUCCGACUGACAAUACUUGGGCUUUUGGAAAUGCAAAUGAAUAUAUCCGAUGAAAUGUUAUCUUCAUUAUUUUGCACAACACGAAUAAUUACUUAAUUUGGAUUCUCUCUUUUUUUCGCUACAAAGUUUGAGCGCCGAGCAACGGAAUGGACACCUGGUAUGGAAGGUAAAUAUGUUGCCCGAGGACAAUUUACGGGUGAAUGUAUCGCUGUUCUCACAAGCGGUGGAGAUGCCCAAGGAAUGAAUGCAGCUGUACGAGCUGUAGUCCGUAUGGGAAUAUACUGCGGAUGCCGAGUAUUUUUCAUCAGAGAAGGAUAUCAAGGUCUUGUGGAUGGUGGUAACAACAUUCAGGAAGCAUCGUGGGCAGAUGUUUCUGGUAUUCUCCAAUUAGGAGGUACCAAGAUUGGAUCAGCUCGAUGUAUGGAUUUUCGUGAACGUUGUGGACGUUUAAAAGCUGCUGAAAAUCUGGUCAAAAAUCAAAUCACCAAUUUAGUGGUUAUUGGUGGUGAUGGUUCUUUAACUGGUGCUAAUCUAUUUCGAGCUGAAUGGUCAAAUCUAUUGGAAGAACUUGUCACAUUAGUAAAAUUAGUGCAGAAAAUGCCAAACAAUUUCAUCGCUUAA